AUGCCCAUGAUUGGCGCGCGUUUCUACACGGAACUCGAAUCUGAACAAACGUGUACAGAUAUCUUAGAGACUGAAAUAAGUAAGGAGUUGGAGAAUGGACGCCUUUUCCGGCUGAUUGCCAAAUUAGGGUUUGUCAAUGAGCGGCCUGAGUAUGCCAUGGACCCGAGCUGGUCGGAAACCGGGGACCGAUAUCUGCUCAAGUUGUUUAGGGACUAUGUAUUCCAUCAG